AUGCAUAAUUGGAUACAAUAUUUGUACAAUAGCGCAGUGCCUCCAAACAAAGAGACUGUCAGAUAUUUUAAAAAUGAUAACAGGCGGAUAGUCAGUAUGGAAAGCGGGAGAUUUUUCGUUGGCGCAAUUGUGCUUUGUCUCGUUGGAUCCACACUUUCGGACGGGAUCGGAGAAACGCUUGAAGAGUUGAAGUCUCUGCUUGAAAGACUGGAAACUGCUGAAGAUCAAGCGAAUGAGCGAGCAGCCAUAAAGCAGUUGGAUAUCUUCAUGAAAAACGGAUUAACAGACCCUCUUGAAGAAUGCCCUGAUGCAAAAAGAAUUGUUGCUGAUGCGAGGGCCGAAUUAAAGCGUAUUCAGAAAUUAACAGUUGCGGAAGUAAGACAAAUGAAAAAGAAAAAGGCCUCGACUAACCAACUUUCGAAAGCUAUGAAAUGUCUACAGGAUAAACUGAUGGGAGACCCCUUAUACGAUAACCUAUUUGGACCUACUACAGCUCUUUCAAUGGUUGAAUCUACUCUAACAAUGAUUGUUAACUCGAAUACUAUUGAAGAUAGGAACACCGCAAUGACAGAUGCAGUUAAGCUGAUAAAAAAGGCUUGCGAUGAACUAAAGCCUGUAUUGCGAUCAAAAGACAAAGACAUCAGGAAAUAUGCAAACACUUUGAAAAAACUUUUGAAAAAUAAAAUCUUAAGGAGUUGUAAAAAAAUAUCAACAGUUCUUAAAGGCCUGACUGGAGCUAUGGGAAGGUUGAAAGAUGAGCUAAGGCAACUCAUUGAAGCUUUUGAUGGAUGUAUUAAUGAGAUGGAUACAACCACUGAACCAAUGGCGGUAACCACAACAUCAGAGGAAACAAAACAAAAAGACCCGUGCUAUUUAAUGACGCCACUAUGUAAUGAGACUGUUUUAAUACAAUGGCGAUACCAACCAUAUGAACCCAUAUGUGUAUGUAAAGGAACAGUCAUACGAUUUGAAUGGGAAGGUAAUCACAAUGUGAUGGGUUUGAAGAAUAAGAAAGCAUUUGACAAUUGUGAAAUUGGUGGUAACGUCGAAUCUGAUGAAACAAAGAUGGCAGAAUACACAUUGGACCAGUGUAAGACAUUUUACUUUGCGUGUGGUGUAGGCGUUCAUUGUAUGAUUGGUGAACAGAAGGUAGAAAUUCAAGUCAUCGAACGACAAGAAGAAAUGAACCCUGAUGACGAAACUACUACACCCAUUGUGACCAUGUCUACAUCAGUGCCUUCGACGAUGAAACCAGAAAACGAUUCUUGCAAUGAGGUGCUGGAUGGAAAAACGAUAGAUUGGAAUUGGAAUGCGGGCAAUGAAGAAUACGAAUCCAUAUGUGUUAAAGAAGGUUCAACAGUAACAUUCGUCUGGGGAGAUGGGAAUCACAAUGUUGAACAAUUAGAUCAUGACGAAUACAUGAAUUGUGGUGUCACAAUGUCAGGCAAAGAUGAUGCUGGUACUAAAUCGAUAACAUUUGAAAAGGAAGGAACAUAUUACUUCGUAUGUGGAGUAGGGAAACAUUGUAGCGUUGGGGGCAUGAAGAUUAAAAUUAUAGUAGUAGAAGAAGACGAAGAAGAAGAUGAAGAAGAAGAAGAAGAAGAAGAAGAAGAAGAAGAAGAAGAAGAAGAAGAAGAAGAAGAAGACAAAACAACAACUAUUUCAACAAUAACAACAACAACAGAUGACGACAAGACAACUACUGAAGCUAUGGAGACUUCAACAAAGGAAGAAGAAGAAGAAGAAGAUAAUGAUGAUAAUGACGACGACAAAACAACUACUACCACAAUAACAACAACAACAGAUGACGACAAGACAACUACUGAAGCUAUGGAGACUUCAACAAAGGAAGAAGAAGAAGAAGAAGAAGAAGAAGAUAAUGAUGAUAAUGACGACGAAGCUUGCAAUGAGGUGCUGGAUGGAAAAACGAUAGAUUGGAAUUGGAAUGCGGGCAAUGAAGAAUACGAAUCCAUAUGUGUUAAAGAAGGUUCAACAGUAACAUUCGUCUGGGGAGAUGGGAACCACAAUGUUGAACAAUUAGAUCAUGACGAAUACAUGAAUUGUGGUGUCACAAUGUCAGGCAAAGAUGAUGCUGGUACUAAAUCGAUAACAUUUGAAAAGGAAGGAACAUAUUACUUUGUAUGUGGAGUAGGGAAACAUUGUAGCGUUGGGGGCAUGAAGAUUAAAAUUAUAGUAGUAGAAGAAAACGAAGAAGAAGAUGAAGAAGAAGAAGAGGAAGAAGAAGAAGACAAAACAACAACUAUUUCAACAAUAACAACAACAACAACAACAACAGAUGACGACAAAACAACUACUGAAGCUAUGGAGACUUCAACAAAAGAAGAAGAAGAAGAAGAAGAAGAAGAAGAAGAAGAAGGAGAUAAUGAUGAUAAUGACGACGACAAAACAACUACUACCACAAUAACAACAACAACAGAUGACGACAAGACAACUACUGAAGCUAUGGAGACUUCAACAAAGGAAGAAGAAGUGGAAGAAAAUGAUGCUAAUGACGACGAAACAACAACUACUACAACAAUAACAACAACAACAGAUGACGACAAGACAACUACUGAAGCUAUGGAGACUUCAACAAAGGAAGAAGAAGGAGAAGAAGAAGAUAAUGAUGAUAAUGACGACGAAGACUGUCAGUUCUGUAAAGAUGAAAUGGUUAAGGAAGGACCUAUAAUUUCCAUUCCGUGGCUUGUAAAGAAAUACGCCCCUAUGUGUGUAAGAAAGGGUUCUACAGUAACAUUUUCAUUCCCAAAUAAUCACAAUGUAAACGAAAUGACUAAAGAAGAUUUCGAAACGUGUAGCAAUUUUGUUGACAAGGCAAGACGGAGAGGACCUGUUAUGAAGGAGCUAAACGAGGCAAAGGCGUAUUACUUCGCAUGUGGCGUAGGAAUGCACUGUUGGCCACAUGGACAAAAGAUCAAAAUAUGUGCCAUGUAGAUUUUGCAAAAUGCUUAAAGGACACUAGCAAGCUACAGAUUAUUUUAAUGUGCUAUUCAUGAUAUUCUGUACAUGAACAAAAUAAAGAUUGUUGAUGUUAAGAAUAUUGAGUGCAACUGCAAUUCUAU